GUGACCGAAGGGCGCUGUUGUGUGGGCAGCAAUGACGGCUGCAACAGCUCAAACUAUUUAGCACACAUACAAGCGCACAAACACAGCCCUGCUAUACUAAAUAUGUGAGUAUGUUUGUAUAUGUAUCGACAAUGCCGAUGGCAAGCAAAAUUAGUUCGUUGAUGACGAUUACAAGCGUACGCUGGACACUCCCUCCUACGUACUACCAUUUGUAAAUACACUUAGUUUGUGUCCAUGUAUGUGUGAGCUGUACGUGAAAACCCCCACACAUUACAUUGAAUGGCUGUGAAUUGCAGUUCAACUUCGCCUGGGAUUUCGCACAGCUCCAGCACGUACGAGAAUAUGCCAAAACAAUGGCAACGACAAUGACAACAACAACAAAAGCAGCAACAUAGCCAGCUUCACCGCUAAAUAAAGCGGCUGCCGACUCCGUCACUGAGACACUACCACACGCCGCCCCCUGCUAGAGGCCGCCAACGUCGAAAACAUUAAGCCAACUCGCAAACGUGAACUCCAACGUACAAACAACAGCAACACCAGCUAGGCUGCUAGCAGCAGCUGUAGGUAAUAUCAAUCGGUUGUACAACAAUAACAACAAUGUCAACACAAUCACUCACUGUGCAUGUGGCUGCGACUCGACUCUACCCAGCAAAGCGCCGCUGCGCUGCCGACGUCGCCAUUGCGCGCAGUGACGCGCACCACACCAGACCGAAUUGGCUUCCUACAGCCAGGCAUCAAAAUGUUUUCAUUCGUUUGUUGAAUAUCGAACGGAACGGUUCCAUAUUCUCUGCUCAGCUCCGCUUAGCUAGCAAAGAAAAGCUAAAUAAAAGAAAUUAUUAUUAAACAAAAGUACUGUUAUUUAAAGAAAAGUGGCAAAGACACAGCUAAUCAUAUAAAUUCCAAAGCAGAACAAAAGUAAAUAUUUGAGUUGGAAAAUUAUAGCAAAAGCAAAAACAAAAUUACUGCCUAAAAGUGCAAGUGCAAAAAGUGAAAGAAUUUGUGAAAAGUGCAAAAUAAAAAUUAUUUUGACAAAAAUACAAAAAACAGUUGAAAACACUAAAAGUGAGCUCUAAAAUAUUCCAUUGGAUUACUGCAUUUGGAUUACCUUUAAUACAAAAACAACAGCGUCUACAGACAAACACUAUGGAUAUCGCUUUGUUGCCUUCACCGCCAGCAACGCCGCCACUAUGCGAGAAACAAAACGAAG